GCUCAGGCUCGCCGCGCGCCCGGACACAGUCAGUGCGCGGGCACGCGUCAGAGGCCACUCGGUCAAUUUAUCCAACAAGUGCACGUUUUUCUCCUCACUCUCUCUGUCUUUGGGACCGGUCAGCAAAUUUUAUUUCUUUUGAAAUGUCAGUCACGCAUGUUAGUUACAUUGAAAAGACUGCACGGGCGACGCGAGGAGCUUAUUGACAAAAAGUUUAUUUGUUUAUUGACCAAACGCCGCAACUUCUGGAGAAUUGGGAAAAAUGGCGAUGUGCUUGUUAAAACGUUUGCGGCGUCCUAGUCGUUAAAGCAUAAGGUGUUAUUAUUUUACGUAGUUUUAAUUACUUUCAGAGUACACGUUUGGUUAUUUGAUAUGUUAUUGGUGAGGUAAAACAGUAGUAAACAAUAAGGUAAAGGGGUAGGGCGCGUGCUGGCGAAGAAAUCUGACAGAAAGUAAUGGAAAAUGACGAACCCGAAUCACCGGACCUGAGCCCUGCCAACACUCAGAGUAGACGAGGAACUCCAGGGCCUAAGAAAUCCCAUUUGACUCAGAUAGAAGUGAUCCCAUGUAAGAUCUGUGGAGAUAAGUCAUCAGGUGUUCAUUAUGGAGUUAUUACCUGUGAAGGUUGCAAGGGGUUCUUCCGCAGAAGUCAAUCCUCUAGUGUACAGUACUCGUGCUCCAGGCAGAGUAACUGCCCCAUCGACCGCGCCAGUCGAAACCGCUGCCAGAGCUGCCGACUCAAGAAAUGUGUCGCUCAGGGCAUGAGCCGUGAUGCUGUGAAGUUUGGCCGCAUGUCCAAGCGUCAGCGAGAUUCACUCAUUGCAGAAGUUGAGAGACACCGACAGCAGCAGCGUCUUCAGGCUAACUCCAUCCAAGAACCGCAGUCUCUUCCGGCCUACCGGGCCGGCAAAGAGCCCAGAGAACAGUCGUCCCAUCUCAUCCCCCCUCUCUCCUCACCCUACCCCUAUUCCCCUAUUGAGCCCGACCUGUCAGGUUGCCCAGUAGAGGUCCAUCCUUAUCUGGGGUGCCACGUACCCGAGUCCCAGGCUGUAGGUCUGGCCUAUAGAGUCACCCACAGGAGGGGUGAAAGCAAUAACCUGUCAACUGGGAGAGGGGUUGACUCCACAAGAUCUACACCAGAAGCCAUCUUAAACAUGCCAGGCAGUGAAAUGGGGUUUCGACCUUUUGACCCAGAGAGCUCAUUUUUUUCCUACCCGACCUCUCUGCACGUAGAGGAGCUAUGUGCAAGUAUUUUACGUUCCCACAGAGAGACGACUCAGUAUCGUCCAGAGGAGCUGCAGGGUCUCAGAUGGAAGGUUUUUAGCAGGGAGGAGACCCAUGCCUACCAGAGCAAGUCAGUGGAUGAGAUGUGGCAGCAUUGUGCAGUACGGUUGACCGAUGCCGUUCAGUACGUGGUGGAGUUUGCAAAGCGUAUCCCAGGAUUCCGUCAGCUCUGUCAGAAUGAUCAAAUCGCUCUGCUUAAAAGUGGAUCUAUGGAGGUGGUUUUGGUCCGGAUGAGUCGGAUGUUUAACACAGAAAACAACACAGUAUUUUUUGAUGGCAAAUUUGCUGGAACAGAACUUUUCAAGUCUCUCGCAUGCAGUGAUCUAAUAGCGAACGUGUUCGAUUUUGCUCACAAUCUGUGUAUGCUGAGACUGACAGAACAGCAGAUGGCAGUGUUUUCUGCUCUUGUCCUCCUCAACGCAGAUCGGCCGUGUCUGGAAAACAGAGAGAGAGUUCAGAGAGCACGGAGAGAUGUGGAGCUUGCUCUUAGUCACAUUCUGCAUAGAGACAAUCAGGAAACUCUGCUGCAUAAGCUGUACCAGAGGAUGCCGCUGCUGAAGUCUCUGUGCUCGCUGCAUAUUGAGAAACUGCGAUGGUUUCGUCAACUGUACCCGCUCACUGUACAUUCGCUCUUUCCUCCGCUAUACAAAGAGCUGUUCGGCUCCGACACAGACAUCCAGACACUGGCUACUCACUGACACACAUUUGGUUAGCAGAUAGUUGCUGUUUGAAAUAAAUGGCGUUUGCAAUCAGGCUUUAAAUGUACUAUUUGAUAUAAAUAUAUUUUUGUUACGCUGACAAGAACAGAAAAUAAUGUUAACAGAUUUUUGUGCAAAUUUUAUUAGCUUAAAUGCUAUUAAGAUAAUAUUUUUGAGACUAUACUGUAUAAGAUUAAAGUUAAAUGGUGAUAUUUGCAAAUCUCAGAUUUAAACCAACAUUGUUUUCGUCAAUGCCUAGUUUGGACCAGGAAGAAGUUCUGACAUAAGUAAAUAUUGGAGUUAUUGUACUUUUUAAUUCACAGGCAGUAUAGAUGGAGACAGGUGCUUGCCAUGUAAAAUGAAGCAUAAUACACUUAUUGCAUUAAUUUAAAUAUGGUCAACUGUUUUGACACCUUACGUGUCGCUGUUUUUGUACUUUUUUCCACUAAAGCUUGUCCUGGCACAUGUAAUCUUCAUCUUUUAAUAAUUUCACGUGGAUUUUAGAAGAAUUACAUGACUGUGAAGUGUGUUCUCACUGUGUUUUUUGUUUCAUUUUCAACUUAUCCAAGUCAUCAAGUUGAAUAUUUGGUAAUAUUUAUGCUCAGAGUUUUAAAAAAAUUAGAGUACUUGAAAACUGACAAAUACUAUAAUGCUAUAUUAUAAAUUAUGCUUAUUUUAGACAAUUUGAUUUAAAACGGUUGUAUUUUGGUUGAAUGCAAUUCUUAUAUUUGUAGAAAUCUUAAAAACUUCUCAAAUGUUUAUUUGUAGGAGUUUUAUUUGUGCUUUAUGAGGUCCGCGUGCAAUUUUGUUUAAUGUUCCCAUGAGCUUUUUGCUGUUUCUGUUGUGUUUUGUGUUAGCUUUAACUUAUCACUUUGUUCAAGGUUUAUGCAACCCUGUUUUAAAGCGAAUACUCUGCUAUCUAUUGUGUUUUGCUGCUUUGCAGAAGAGGCCUCAAAUAAACUCCUGAAAAGUA